UUAAUGUCGAGAAAACAAACGAAGAUAUGAGCGACAUUGAGUUUUUUUUGCGGGAGAACAAAAAAGUGAAAAAAUACUCAGACUUUCCUACGUCCUCCUGGUCACCCAGGUAUGUGUAUCUGUCUGAACACGCCCUAGUUGACGUCCUCUGGGCGAACGAAGAUACCAAGCAGCUGCUGGAGCGUAUUCUGCCUCUCGACAAUCCUUCCAAGACUGCAAUGUUUGAGUGCGAUCGCAUGAUUCUUGGAUAUCGAGACAAAGUAUCCCUGCAGUCACAGGACAAAGAUCUAACUCGGUUCAAACUCAAAGGAACGAUUUCUACCAACGGUCUAGUUCUGAAUCUACUUGCCUAUGACACAACCCAGACGAAGAAACAGCAGCAGUCUGACGUAGAUGAAGAAGACCCCAGCCAAGAACUGGAGCUUUCUCAGGGAUUUCUCAGCACGACGUGUUCAAAGGCAGCCGGGCGGUGCCCAUCCGCAAACACCACAACUAUCGUCGGAUGCGAUCCUGGUAUUGUUAACGCCUUUACGUUUUCCUCCCUGUAUCCUCACAACCCUAACUUGCGGCAAACGGUAAGGAAGCGUGAAAAAGGAAUGAUUGAGGUUGAGAGCGCCAUCCCUGUGUUUGGAAGGGAUACGUACAAUGAGUACUUUCAAUGGAUGAACGAGGAGUCCCAGACACAGAUAGGAUCAAAGAAUUUGGAUGCUCAACGAGCUACGUUCGACUACGUGGUACAGCGAGUGUUGAAGAUGCUCGGGGAAAAAGGAGUACUUGUCGUCGGCCUAGGGUCCUUUGAAAGUAGUAAAGGAGUUCCCAGCAAGCACACUGCUAUAACGAGACAUCUUGUCACACAGGUCAAAGCACGAGGACACUUCGCUGUAGGAGUGCACGAAUUUUACACCAGCGCCCGCUGUCCCCGACCCCUCUGUGAUAGCUUUUUAGAGACGGUGUAUCCUCGCUCUAAAUAUUGCCGGACAUGUAAGGUAUUCUUCGACCGUGACGCAGUAGGGGCGGAAAACAUCGCAAAAAUCGGUCUUGCUCAAAUUGAGAGGCAAGAGAGGCCUGCAAAGUACAAGCCCACGGAAGAGUCGCCUGCUCCGGCUGCAAAGCGCGCACGACGCUAGACACAAGUAUUUGGGUGCCGGCACAC